AUGGCCUUACGCCAUAGCAGCAGCCGCCGGCAAGUGGUGGAUUUCUGUUUUCUGGUUCCGGCUGAGGGUGGUGACCAGAAUUUUGUGGACCCCGCACCAAACAGGGGACCCAAUUAUAUCCCUGAUCUCAAUGUCUCGCCCCCGGAUGCGACGGCUCCGGCGACGGAGUUCGUCGGAGAAAUCGAGAGACAGAACAUCUCCCGGUUCACUGAUUACGUGGUGUGGUACCUGGGCGAGUACUGGAGUGAUGAUGAGGUGGCGGAGUACAGGAAGAUUCUGAGCGGCAAAAGUGAAGCCGAAAUCGGAAACCUGGACUCGAUUCGUAUCUGGAAUAUUCUCACCCUGAGAGCCGAAAUUCUGAAGACGCUCGUUGCGAAAGGGCUUGUUGAGGCCCCAAUCGGCUCCGAAUCCGAUGAUGUUCAAUUCCCGCCGCCGCAGCAGCUGCUUCCCAUUCCACAACAAGGCUGGACGGCCUCCCUCAACCAUGCUCAUAUUCAUUGUCAUGUCAUUGCUGCCGCCGCCGGCACCGAUGCCAAUUUUAACGGCAACAAUGAAACUAUGUCGGAUGGUCGCAAUUAUGGUGUUGGUUAUGAGAAGCAGAGCAACGUGGCGAAGCGUAAAGCGGUGGCUGUUGGUGGUGUGGACGAGGACGACCCAUGUUGUCCCUAUGAUCUGCCGAAGAAGAAGCCCAGCCACGGCGUCGGGGUUCUUCGGAUCGAUGAGGCUAAAGCCCUGGCUCGGGACAAGGCGCCUAUUGAUGAAGCAGAGGAGGAGGGCGUGUCCUCUGAUUCUGACUCAUCAUUCUGAAUCACUCCUCCGAAAAGUCCCUUUGGAUUGUUUCAUUUAUAGUGGAAGGCUUUUUGUGUGUGAAACUUGUGCGUUUGUUUUGUUGCUUUGGUUUUGCUGGGUUUGUUUGAAGAGAGUGAGGGUUUGUUUCCAUCCAUAUAUGUAUUGUAAUUUGUAAUGUCCUAGUUAUACUAGGCUCCUUACUACUAGGCUCGACAGCCCUAUCGCCUUCUUGUUGAAUUUGCUUAUGUACUUUUGCCAGUCUAAAGUUAUACUAGAUUUAUGAAUCUUAUCAUCAUCAUCACACCAUAUCAUGAUGACUUUGACAA